GCAAGCCUUUUUUUUCAUUGAUAAAUGAACAAAAAUAUAGCAACGGCUUUAUGCGAAAAUGUAGAUAUUGACGGGUUUCCAGGUUUUGAUCUCGACGCGGUUUGUCGUGGAUUUGUUGCGGUCAGACUUUCUUAUAGAAUAUUUGUUGAUUUAAUUUCAGUAUUUCUCUACCGAGAUAUCCUCACGCUGCCAGUUCAAACCACAAUGAGCAAACCAGGAGAAACCACAGACACAGAGGAAGAAGAAGAAAACGAGAAGACUAAAGAGAGCCUGCAGACAGUUGGAAGUACUACAACGCAGCCACCAGGGGGCGGCAGAGAGGAGGAGAGCGAAGACGGCUCCCGUUCAGAUGAGCCCAGUGCGACUGUUCUGGAUGCUGUGGCCGAUCAAAUGUCUGAUGAUGCUGAUGAGCAUGAUGAUGAAACGAAUGUUAAAAACUCAACAGCUACAGUGAAAGUUUUGCUGGUGCCAGAGGGUCAUGUGAUGACCAUGGCUUUCGUCAUCGGGCUCACCAUUGAAGAGAUAAAGCAUCAACUUGCCUCAGAACUGAAAGUCCCACUGGAGGUGCUGCAGCUCUACCUGAAUGGUAGAGUGGUGGAGGAGAAGCAGAGCCUGAUGGAACUUGGCAUCCGACCUCACAGCUCCACCCAGAUGGAGAUGAGCUCCUCAGACCCAACUUCUUACCCGCUCCGCCUUCUCCGCCCCCCAGAACAUGACAGCAUGCCCGAUGUCAUCACUGUACGGGUCCAAAAAGGUAGGCCUCAAACGGGCAUUGGAGCAAGGAUGAGACUGACUUUCUUAGAGAGUAAGAGUUUUACACUGAAAAGCAUUUGUGUUUUGUUUUCUCCUAAACAGACAGUUGAGCUGAAAUCUAAGCUGCAGCAGUGUUCUGUGAACAUGUCCACUCAGAUGACUGGCAUUGGCUGUUACGUGUCCUGUGCCAAUGACAAGUUGGUAACUCCUGGGAAAUAUGUGACCGCUGAUGAGUAUCAUGGCAGGAGGCUAAAGGCUGUUAUCUGCCUGCAGUCCUACAUUCGGCGAUGGUUAGCCCAGGAGGAAGUGGAGCAGCUGAGGAGAGAGCGAGCUCGCCGCCUCGCCUGGUUCGACCUUCAGGAAAGAAAGUGCAAAGAGGAGAAAGAGGCGCAGCUGAGAGAACGCCGCAAGCGCUGGAUGAACCCACAGACCAAAGAGGACUUCAAUUUGCUCUACCACGCCCUGCAAAAGUGGAGGACUGAGGAGGAGGAGCAGAUAGACUGCAGGCUACGUGGCGCGGAGAGGAAAGCAGCUCUGUGCGUGCUGUUGGAGCAGGAAAUGGAGUUCAUCGCUGCCAUUGGCCGCCAUCAAAUCAACAUAGAUGCUAUCAACCAAGACAAAAUUAUCAGGAACUUCUUGAAUAAGGCAGCUGCUCCCCAUCAGUGGCGAUCAGCCACAGGCCUUCUGUUUGAGAUGGACUCUGUGCCUGACAUCAGAGCCAGGGCGCUGAAGGAGAUCUAUGAUGACAUCAGCAAGUUCCCUGUGGACCAGCAGGAGAGACAGAACUUCCUAGAGAAGCUGAGAAACACUGUUAUGGAGCAUGAGUGUCAGCUGGUGUGGGACAUCAUUGAUCUGAUUGACAGAGAGAUUGACUUGAUGGGUCGAGAUGUUAAGGAGCAUAAUCUGGAGGGCCUGAGGAAGAGGAUCUGCACUCUUUUCCUUCAGUACAUCAGAACACCGGCGUUUAACCCCAAAGUGAUCAAACUGCUAAAGGUUCACAAGAAACCAACUGAGCUGCAGCACGACAUGUUCUUCUGCCACGGGUGCCAGCGCUACCUUUGGUCCGCCGACUUUGGUUCAAGUACCACUGGCUGCCGGAGUCGUCGCUGCCGAAACUGUACCAGCCUAGACAACAUUGCAAGAUCUCGAGAUGACAACUCUGUGUACCAAAGCAUCCUGAGGAGGUUGAGAACUGAUGAGCUCCGCCUCAAUCCAGAAACUUCCAUCCCCUUCUUGCUGCAGGUGGACGACAUUCGCUACCUGAUAGAAAAGGUUUGGGCUUCCUGCUCAGCUCUGAAUGGCAGCAGAGACAUCUACAACCUGGUAUUUGCUCGCUGGGAUGUCCAGGAGGACUGGAGCCCCUGGAACUGCAUACUGUUGUCCAAAGAGGAGACGUCAGCUCACACACAAGUAGAACACAUUCAUAAGGCAUAUGAAACUACAUUUAUCCAAUGGGUUCAACAGAAACACUCAAUGGCACGACAACACUUCAGCAAGAACCCAGUUAUAGCAAAGAACCUGGGCCUUUAGCCAGGUGCUGCCCUGCACAACCAGUUUGUCUUCUUAGCCUGUUGGUCACUAAUGAGAAUCCUGACCACACCCCAGCAACCCCAGGACAUUAACAAAUCCUGUGUCCUCUCACUGCUUCUUUCAGACAUGUUUGCCUUAUGGGUGAAAUAAACAGAACACUUCAUGA